AUGAAAGUUUUAUUCGUUAUUUCAAGUCAUUCAGAUUUAGGAAAUACUAAUAGAAAAACUGGAUAUUAUUUAUCUGAGGCAGCACAUCCAUGGAAGAAAUUACAAGAGAGAGGUAUUGAAAUUGAUUUCGUUUCACCAAAGGGUGGACCAUGUCCAUUGGAUCCAGCAUCUUAUGAUUUAUCAGAUCCAAUUAAUAGAGAAUUUUGGGAAGAUGCAGAAGUUCAAAAGAAAUUGAAAAAUACUUUAGCACCAGGUGGUGUUGAUUCAAAUAUUUUCGAAGGUAUUCAUUAUGUUGGUGGACAUGGCGCAUGUUUUGAUUUCCCUUCAAAUAUCCCAUUACUACAAUUGGGUGCCAGAAUUUAUGAACAUGGUGGUGUUGUAUCUGCAAUAUGUCAUGGUCCUUCCGGUUUAUUGAAUAUUAAAUUAAUGGGUGGUACUUAUUUAAUUCAAGGUAAAAAUGUUGCUUGUUUCACAAACUCUGAAGAAGAAGCCGUUGGUUUAGUAAAAGCAAUUCCAUUCUCACUUCAAGAUUGUAUGAAAGAACGUGGUGCCUAUGUUCAUGUUAAACCAAAUUGGCAAUCAAAUGUUCAAAUUGACGGUAGAUUAGUAACUGGUCAAAAUCCACAAUCUUCAACUGAAUUAGGUGAUAAACUUGGUGAUUUAGUACUUGAAAUUCAAGCAAGAAGAAUAGUUGCUCAAUAA